UUUCGCAGUCGCAGGUGCUGGCAAUGUUGGGAAGUUCAUCAUCGAAGAGCUGGUGAAGUUGAGGGGUGUGGGAAAGGUCGCAUCUGUCGAUGUGCUGACUCGCUCUCCUGAUGACCCAAAAUUGAAAGAGUUGGGCGUCAACGGCCUCAAGAUGGACUACGAUGACCCCUCCUCGCUCAACGCCGCCCUGCAGAGAAAAGACGUAGUGAUCUCCACGCUCGGUCGGCCCGCUUUCCACCACCAAGAGCUGCUCGGCCAAGCAGCCAAAGCCGCGGGCGUGAAGCUCUUCGUCCCCUCCGAGUUUGGGAACCCCACGGAGGGGAGGGAGGACAGCUGGUUCGCGCAGAAGAACGCUGCUCGGCAGAAGCUGAAGGAUAUGGGCAUGCCUUACCUGCUGGUGUACAACGGCCCCUUCUCGGACUUUGUGUUCAACCCGCAUAUGGGCUGGGACCUCCCUGGUGGCAAAGUCCAGAUUAGCGGCAAGGGCGACACGCCUAUCUCCUUCACGUACAGGAGGGACAUAGGCAGAUUCCUAGCUCAUAUCCUAACGGAGCUCCCGCCUGAGGAGCUCGCAUGGAAGACAUUGAGGAUCGAGAGUGACCGCACUACGAUGAACAAGAUCGCAGCGGAAUACGAGCGGCGGUCGGGCAAGAAACUGGAGGUGACGCACCGUUCCUUGGAGGAGAUGCGGGAAGCGGUGCGUAACAGUCCCCUCGACGUGUCCGAGACGCUGAGGCUGGACUGGGAACUCGGAGGCGGGACUGCUGGCACGCCAGAGCAGCUGGAUAAUAAGUUGUGGCCGGAGUUCAACCCGACCAGCGCGGUUGACGUGCUCCUCAAGCGCGACGGUUAUCUGUAACCUAUUACAAGAGGCUCAUCCAGAAUUACC